GAGCGGCAUUGGUCGACCCUUUACCGAAGGCUGUCUGAUCUCCCCCACCCUUGCCAAGCUAAACAUUCAUUUCUGUCUAAUUCAAACGUGCGUGUGAGACGUCGGUCUCUGCCCGCUCUGAACCCUCCCUGAUGGGCGGCUGGUCCCGCAGUGCUGUCCUGCAGCUGUACCGAGCACUGCUCCGUGCAGGUCAACACCUACAGUACACCGACCGCGACUACUACCGGCGCGCAGUGACCCGAGAGUUCCGCCGCUGUCAGACCCUCAGCGCCCCAGCAGAGAGGGAGGACGCGCUGAAGAGAGGACAGUUCUUCCUCAACAGCAGGCUGGGCGGCUUGGUGUAG